AAAAAAAACAUUUCAUUUCUCAUUAAGCAUAACAACAUCACCUUCAUCUUCUCAUUCUCUCUGCCUAUAUAUCUUAUAUAUCUAUCUAUAUAUAUAAUAAAAUCAAUCAGAAUUCAUAGAAACAGAAUUCGAUUGAUUGAUAUGAUUGUGUGAAGAAAGGAGGAUUUGGUUAGAGAUUACUAAAGUGGAAUCAGCUUUUGGAUUUAAAAUCUUUUAAUAGAGAUAAUUGUUAAUUUGGAGGUUGGUUUGUGUUGUAUAUAUGAUUCCUUCAUAUUUUUUUGAUGAGGGUUUGCUCAUGAAGAUGGUGAUGAAACAAAGUAAAUAUAUACAACUAUAAUAUUUUCAUCUCUCUAUUGAUUCAUCAUUGAGAUUUUUGGUUUUUGACAUAUAGACACACACAACAUAUUGAAGAAGAAGUUUGUAGCAAGUUUUUAAGGUGCAUUAUUAAAGAACAAAAAAUAAUACUCCAAUGGACAAGAAUAACUCUUUAUUGAGAGACAGAUCUCAUCAGCAUAAUAACAAUAAUAAAACCAAUACAAAUAAUAAUAAUAAUAUUACAACAACAAGCAAUACGACGUCGUCGUCGGAUUUCGUAUUACAGUGGGGAAACAGGAAGCGUUUACGUUGUAUGAAAUUACAACAACAACAAGCAGCGGCAGCGGCAGCAGUUAAGGAUAAAGAACAACCUGCGCCAAUUGGCCAACGGUCAAUUACACCACGGGUUGAUCAUCAUCGGAGGGCUGUCAAGUCACCAAAUAAUCAUCAACAAACUAAAGAUUCCGUUAGUAACGGUGUUUCUUAUAUUAAUUUGCGCCAACGUUCCCCUGCUGCUCAUCGAGUUCUCAGGAAUUCAGAGAAUACAAUUGGUGGUGGUAUGAAAGGACAAAGCAACGGUAGUGCAAGAAGAGUAUGUUCACCAGAUAGACAGGUUCAAGAUAAAAGAAUUGGUUCCAAUAAUAAUAAUAAUAAUAAAAAUAACAUUAUUAUUAAUAACAAUAACGGUGGUGGGUCGGGCUCAUCGGAAACGGCCCAUGAUGGCAAAAAAGGUGGUUCAUCACCGGGAAAUGAAGGGAUUCCGGUUGUAUGGCCACCUAAGUUUGCCAUCGGCCUAACUAAUAAAGAAAAAGAAGAAGAUUUUUUGGCCAUUAAAGGAUCUAAACUUCCUCAAAGACCCAAAAAACGUGCCAAGUUCAUCCAACGCACGAUUAAUUUGGUUACCCCCGGUGGUUGGCUAUGCGAUCUAACAUUGGAACGGUACGAAGUCAGAGAGAAAAAGAUCACAAAGAAGAGACCGAGAGGGAUAAAAGCGAUGGGAAGCAUGGAGUCGGAGUCCGAAUAAAGAGUUGGUGGCUUUUGCUUUCCGUAAUUCACAAGAUGUAAACAAAUGUCGCUUUAGUUAUAUGAUCUUAAUUGGUGCAACGAUAUUAGCAUAAAUUGUUAGACAUUUGUUUAUAGGAUGAGUAGGAGGAGAAAUAUUGAGCUUUGUAUGUAGUGUUUUCAUCAAUUUUCUCCUCUUUUUUAAAGGUUAUAAUCAAAUGUAGACAAGUUGAGGCUUUAUUCCACUUACUUUGGUGGAUAAAAGACAAAAAAGAGUUCCAUUGCAAUAUUAUUUUA